ACCUCGAACACUGUCAACUGAACGAGGAUAUUGAAAAAUUACCCCCGAACUGACAGCGCCCGCGUAAACGUUACGUCAAAACUUGGGUAAUUUUUGAUCCUACCCCCUCCACCCGGACGAACAGCGUCAGCGCGCGCCAAAAAAUAAACAUAGCAACGCGCGUUUGUUUACGUUUCCUGCGCUGAGAUCAUCGUUCGAGCUGGAAUUAGCUUGCGCGUUCGUGUUUCGCGACGAAAAUGCGUUAAUUGUUCCCCAAAUUUGCAAAAACCGAAACACUAAUAGUUGAAAGUGUGUGUGUGAGUGUGGAAAUUUAGAGCAAACCGACGACAAAACACCCACAUGAUUGCGGGCAGCGAUGGAGCAUACGCCACGGAAUGCGGUGCGACAGGGUCACCGCGGUGCCCUUCUCGGCACGCCGAAGCUGGCCAGCGGCAGCAGCAGCAAAAAAUCACUCUUCGGGAAGGAUGCAGCAGAUGAGACCGACCUUGGGCCGAUGACACCGCUGCGGUUCGGGAGCCAUCGGAAGAAAGGCCAAACGCCCCACAGCAGCAGCAAUGCGCUUACCAACAUCACCUCGUUCCGCAACCUGUUCGGCAACGAGUCGCCGGACAGUGAUCGGUCGCUGUCGCCUGACUUUGCCCGCCGGUUCACCAACAACGGCCGGUACGAGCUGCUGUCCGUCGACCAGGACAAGGAAAACGUCGCGAUGGUGGACGAGGAGACGCGCUUCUCGUUCAGCGGCAGCAUCCCGGAAACGCCGAGCAGCCGGCUCAGUGCCGAGGAGAGCGCCCUGCUCGACGAGAACAACUCCAACUCGCUCUCGCUGAUGAUGAGCUCGGAUCUGAAUCUCGUGGAAAAGCGCACGAAAGCCCUGCACCGCACGCCGGGCGUGACGACGCGCAGCCGAUCAACGAAUAGGGAUCGGGCGUCGGUUGGACCGUUGCAGCGCAGGACGCAGCAGCAGGCCCAGCCACAACACCUGCCAAAGGCACAGCUGCUGGGUGUGAAAAGACCGCAUACGGUGGUGAGUACGCCGGACAACCGUUCCCAGUCGCCGGUGUGCACCGAGCCAGAAGGGAGCAGCAGUACAGCAAAGCGACCCAAUGUGAAGGCCCGCACCGCACUGCACUUUAACGACGUUCAGCCCAUACCGGCGAAAUCGUUCUACUCAUCAGCGUCCGUCGCCGAAAAGGACCCCAGCCCCCUUAAACCACUCCAGCCUUUGUCGACGAAAUCGUUCUACUCGUCGGCGACUUCGUUGGCACAGGGCCCAACCAGCACCAGCGCCUACAAAUCAACGCCCUCCCCGAAGCCAUCCACAACGCACCACCAGCCAGUGACGCCCAAGCACGUGCCGCUCACAAAAACUCCACACAAAGCGACCAUGCGCAAACGCUCCAAAUCGUUCUCGUCCGCCGCCCCACGGCUAGGGCAGCGGGGGACGGUGCACAAGAUACGGAAGCCGUCGAAAAAACGCUCCCCCAAGGAAGCUCGAACCGAUCGGUCACGCACAGCAAAAGGCGGAGGCUCGGCGGCGGCAAAGCAGACGAAAAAUCGUGCCAUCGCCGGUGGCACGAAAAGCUGCCCCACCACGCCGAAAAGCAACAAGGAACCGGAUCACGAGCAGAUGCUGCAGCAGCUGAAGCGCGUGAACAGUAUUUUGCGCGAGGGACAGAGAAACUUAAAGCGCGUCGCCCGUCCGCUUGUCACCUCCCGCUCGAUGACGGAUUUAGCUGGCGCGGGGCUGUCGUCCGAGAGCGAGGGGGCUGGCUCGUCUUCGUCGGAAGAGGAAGGCUCAGCCUCGGAGGGGGAGGAGGAGGACGGUGGUGGCACGCAGCGCAAGUUCUUCCGCUCGAAGCGUCGAUCGCGAUCAAUACGCAGCGUGUACAAACACUUCGACACGAUCAUGGUUGGCGUGAAGCAGGGCGGAAAGCGCAAGCUGCUCAGCUUUCCGCAGGCGCCGAAGCGCCGGCGUACCGCGUUUGGGGAGGAAAGUUUCGACUUUGCGCACGAGCAGGCGGAGGUGGAAGAUUUGAUCAGCAAGCUCGGUGAUGGUGGUAGCGACAGUUUCGGCGAGGGAAGGGCGAACGAUGAGGACGAUGCACCGAUACCGAUCCAAUCGAACGUUAUCUAUCUGUCGGCGGGCGAUGGGUUUGUGGUGGAGCACAGUCCGCCCGAGGGGAACACCACCGUGGAGGCUCAGCAGGCGGACUGCGAGAAUGGGAUGGUUGUAGUACAACAUGGCGGCAGUGAGAUCACUGAGGCCGUCCUUCACGAGGCUAACAAUUACUCCACGACGUUCGAUGGUUACGAUCAGCUUGCGUACGAUGGCGAAAGCAUGUACGAGGGCGUCGAGCAGCGGGACGACUUUUUAUCCAACAGUACAAUCAUCAUACAGCACGACACGUAUCACACAGCGUCUACGAUUUAUCACAACGAGAGUGCUGCGUCUACAACGGUGGUGCAGAACUCAACCGUAUCACACUACCAGUGCCAAACCCAGUGCCAGUCGGAGCAGCCGAUGCCAACCGACCCAACCACCAACGCAUACUACCCCAUCUUCUAUCCCGACCGCGUAAAAGAGCUAUGGCGCGAGGAACGACAGCAAACGCUUGCCGCCGAACAGCAAACGGCGGACGUGCGGCAUUUGCUCCGCCAGCAGCCGGACCAUCGAGCGAAGGCGGACAGAGCUGGUGCCGGCCACAACCAGUACCAGAUCGAUGCGGGACAGCGCGUGUACGGUGCGGUGCACUGCAAGGAGUGCGGCCUCACCUACACGACGCACGAGCCCGAGGAGGAGCUUUUCCACGAUCGCUUCCAUCGCUCGCAGGCGCAGCUGAGCUUCCCGAGCGGGCUGAACGAGCAGGUGGUGGUACAGGUACCGGAGUGGGACGUCACCGGACGCAUCAUCGUCGUGUCGCAGGUCGAUAGCACCCGGCAGCCGCUGCUGCGGAAGGCCCAGUCCGUGCUGGAGCUGGUGGACGGCGAGCUGGGGUACGCGACGUGCGGCGAGCUGCCGGAAGGGGCGUGCGUCUAUCUGGCCGUCGCGCGCUCGACCGUGCUGGGGAUCUGUGUGGUGCAGCCGCUCCAGUACGCGAACCGCAUGAUUUGCCUCGACGGGCUGCACGGCGUACCGAUCGAUUGCUACUCGUCCGAGUUCUAUCACGCCAAAUGCGGCAUCUCACGCAUUUGGGUUGCGCCGAAGUACCGCCGCAAAGGAGUCGGACGCAAACUGGUGGCCGCCGUCCGGUAUCACUACAUCUUCGGCUACACCAUCGCGGUGGACGAGGUCGCGUUCGGGGCACCGACGGAGAUGGGCAAACUGUUCGCGGAAUCUGUCUGCGGCCGGAAAGACUUUCUCGUCUACGUUUAAGGGAGCGGGGCUCGCAUAUAAUGUGCCACGUUAAUGAUCGUUAAUUUAAUUUUCUCUUUCACUCCCUGUCUCUCCCCCAUGUGCUCUCCACUAUUGCGUUCUCUGUGUUUAUUGGCUAAUUUUUGUCUCUGCAUUUAGUAAUAAACAAUCACACGACGGACGGGUGAACGGGUUUUUUUUACGAAAA